CAGCAUAAACGAACCCCAAGAAGACACACACACACACAGACAGACAUUUACAUUUACAUUAACAGACUUCCCCCAAUCAUGCUGCAACGGAAAGGCAGCCUGGACAACGGACAGCAGCAGCAGGAGGAGGCACAGGUGGAGGCUGAGGUGUGUGCCUUCUGCCUGGAUCAGCUGCAGAAUCCGGUGAAGCUGCGCUGCAACCACUCCUUUUGCCGGAGCUGCCUGGAGAUCUAUCGCGAGGCGCGCAGCUGGGUGGCCGAGCGCUGUCCGCUCUGUCGGCGCACACUGGAGGAGCAUCUGGGGGCACGCGGCUGGAAGGGCACCUGGAGCCUGGCUGCUCUUAUCUUGCCUCUGCUGAUGCUCAGCCUGGGGACCUUCUACUUGCUGCUGCUCUACUGGUAGACCGCCGGCCCCGUAAGAUGUUCAGACCUAUUCAAAAUUAGUUAUGCGUAGAUGGAGCGAUAGGCUAGGAUGCGUACAAAGUUGAGUGAAUUUUAAUUAAAUCUAAAAGCCAUAAAAUUCCAUGUGGAAUGCGCUUUAUCCUGGUCCAUUGUCCAUUGUGCCUCAUCCUUUGUCCACCUUGCGGCGCAUAUAAUUAAUCUGUAUCCCCCUGCCCAGCCGAGUGG